AUGAUUUCCAACACUGAUGCGAAUGAUGAAGUCCAGUGCCGUCGUUCUCGAAGCAACGCGUCCAGCGGCUCGACGUUGACUGUCGAUGGCAUCCUUUCGUCUGAGGAAGAAGGCUCAAGAAUGUCAACACAUGUCCCUGAUAAUGAGGCUCAGAGCGAUAACAUCAAUUUCAGUAGCUGGAAAACGUCGUCCGAGGUAGCCCUACCUCAGCUGAGUCUUCUACCUCCUGCCAGCAUCUCCACCCGUCAAGGGCCUUUUGUGUGGUCUCCAGGCAAGCAACAUCUAGUCCGUCGGGGCGGAGAUCUUCAGUUCGAGCAGACAGUAGACACUCCUCUUCUCGUCCCUGGACCCAAGUCUGCCCGUAAUCAAGGCGCUCCUCACGGCUUUGGCGACAACAUUUACCCCGAGGAAUGGGUCGAGGCUGGCGAGCUGGGCGAAGGAUUGUACCCUCCCGGCAACCAUCACGGCCUCUCGGACCCGUUCUCCUCCUCCAGUGCUGUCUCGCGUGGGGUUGGCAUAGUUGAUGGAGUUGCAGGUCUCAAAGUCGCUGUCGUGGACAAUGCUUUUACUCCUGAGGCGCUCCGGCGAGGCCAGCCUGGCGCGCAGGCUGCUGCCCAGCGAAAUCGGCUGCUCAGCCCAUUCUACAACCAUCUGCAGCAGCUCGCGGUUCGUUCCCGCAGUGAAGGUAUUGAUGACGACGCAUUCGAAGCUGGUAGAAGGGCAGGAUCCGCAGCCAGUGAAGACAGUGACAGUGCCACCCUUUACACGCAGAAUGGUUUGCUCCCCGAAGCCAUCGAGUCUCCCACAGCACAUGUCCUACAGGAAUAUGAGACUUCAAGCGAAGGUGGUAGUAUCGACCAGGAUUCCCAUCUGGAACUCAGCUUGGGCUACUCUGAGCGCCCAACUCGUGAUGCACAUCUUAUGGAGCAUUCUACCCAGUCUGAUACUCCUGUCGUUAUGGGCAGUUACACGUUCAACACGCGCGACUGGGGCGACUACGGCAGUGCACUCGUUGACCAUGCCCCUGAGAAGGCCGCGCCCAAGAUCCCCGGCUGUACCGCGGGCCAGACCUCGAACAAGAACUGGAAACUUACAGGGCCCGUUCUUCAAGCUUACAACGCUAUGCGAGGCUCUCGGAUGGCCGCGGGUGACCCGAUGGAAAUUCACGGCCGAAAUUGCAGAAACCCUUCAGGAGCGGCCGCCCAUCGACAAGGCCGCCCGUCAGGAGGUUGCCAGCGUGCCGCGCCCACAGUAUCAGCACAUCAAUCCGCCCAAGGGCUUCAAAUAUCCCGCGCACCUAGCCUCAUCCAUCCACGGCAUCGCCUCCGAGAGCUUUGA